GCUCCGUCCUGAGGACCGUGUUCUUAAGCAGACUGCUGCCAGGUGGGCCUGGGUGCGUUCGGAAACUUAGUUUGAACCUGCAGAACCAGCAAGGAGUAAGGCCGAACGUGACAAGCAGGACGCUGAGGUCUGGCCAGUUGAACCCUGAGGAGGAAUGGUGCUGAGGUUCAGUCGGUUGACAAUAGAGACCCCAUAACCCCUUAGGCCAUCCAGCUGGAACAGGAGAUCCAUUGUCCACGCCACCAUGCCUGGGAAGUGAGGAGGAUCUGGGCCGGGGUGAAAACAAAUGGCCUGAGCCCAAGAUCUCUCUGGCCCCACACCUGUCCUCUCCCUGGGGGAAUAGGCUAGGGCCUCCCCACAGGUGCCCCGGGAGUGGGGAGGUCCUUGCUGGGGCCCACACGGGACGCGUGGGAGCCCUAGGAAUGUCCUCAGCUCCAGUCUGAGCUUGUAAGCAUGAGUGCGUCCGACGCCUGAGGCCCAGGGGUCUGGGAGUGAGCAGGAGGGGCUCUCAUGAAGUCAUGUCCAGAAUCAGCCAGUGCUGGACCCCCACCCAGCCUCUCCUUGUCCAGAUGGGGACACUGAGUCCAGACAGAGCUGUGCCCUUGCCCAGAGUCACACAAUCCAGAGCAGAGCAGGGCUGACCACUGAGAAACCACGGUGGGGGGCUGGGAGGGCGAGGUUAGCCCUGCAGCUGCUAUGUUCUUGUCCCUGACCCUCACCGGCAGGCAGGGAUGCCCAUGUCACCCCCGGUGCCCAGAUGUGUGCCAGGCAAGCACCGGGAAGCCAGGCCGGGCCCAAGGGUCUCACAUUGUUUCUCCCCUCCCCGCCAGCUCCCUGACUAAUGCGCAGAAGCUCUCCAAGGAGUCCCUAAGCCGUGCUCUCACGCUCUCAUCCCCGGAGGAGAAGGACGCCCAGCUGGAUGGCUCAGAGGAGAAGCUGUGGACAACGCGGGCCGAUGGGCACGUGCGCCCACGCCUCCACCCUGCCUGCCCACAGCCCCCCUACACCGUGCACCGGAUGUUCUCCGAGGCCCUGGAAAAGUAUGGGGACCUCCAUGCUUUGGGCUUCAAGCGCCAGGGCACAUGGGAGCGCAUCUCCUACUCCCAGUACUACCAGCUCGCCCGAAAGGCCGCCAAAGGCUUCCUGAAGCUUGGCCUGGAGCAGGCGCACAGCGUGGCCAUCCUGGGCUUCAACUCCCCGGAGUGGUUCUUCUCGGCAGUGGGCGCGGUGUUUGCAGGCGGCAUUGUCACCGGCAUCUACACCACCAGCUCCCCAGAGGCCUGCCAGUACAUCGCCCAUGACAGCCGCGCCAACAUCAUCGUGGUCGACACACAGAAGCAGCUGGAAAAGAUCCUGAAGACCUGGAAACACCUGCCACACCUGAGGGCAGUGGUGAUAUAUAGAGACGCCCCGCCAAAGAAGAUGGCCAACGUGUACACGAUGGACGAACUCAUGCAGCUGGGGGACGGGCUGCCCGAGGAGACCCUGGACGCGGUCAUCGCCACCCAGCGGCCCAACCAGUGCUGCGUACUGGUCUACACCUCCGGCACCACUGGCAGCCCCAAGGGCGUGAUGCUGAGUCAGGACAAUAUCACGUGGACAGCACGGUACGGCAGCCAGGCCGGCGACAUCCAGCCAGCAGAAGUCCAGCAGGAGGUGGUGGUCAGCUACCUGCCCCUCAGCCACAUCGCUGCGCAGAUCUAUGACCUGUGGACGGGCAUCCAGUGGGGAGCCCAGGUCUGCUUUGCCGAGCCUGACGCCCUCAAGGGGAGCCUGGUGAACACGCUGCGGGAGGUGGAGCCCACGUCGCACAUGGGGGUGCCCCGGGUGUGGGAGAAGUUCAUGGAGCGGAUCCAGGAGGCAGCAGCCCAGUCUGGCUUCAUCCGGCGCAAGAUGCUGCUCUGGGCCAUGUCGGUGGCCUUGGAGCAGAACCUCACCUGCCCGGGCAGCGACCUGAAGCCCUUCUCAGCCCGACUGGCGGAUUACCUCGUGCUCGGCAGGGUCCGGCAGGCGCUGGGCUUUGCCAAGUGUCAGAAGAGCUUCUAUGGCGCGGCUCCCAUGACGGCCGAGACGCAGCACUUCUUCCUGGGCCUCAACAUCCGCUUGUAUGCGGGCUACGGCCUCAGCGAGACCUCGGGCCCCCACUUCAUGUCCAGCCCCAACAACUACCGGCUCUACAGCUCCGGCAAGGUGGUGCCAGGCUGCCUGGCAAAGCUGGUGAACGAGGAUGCUGAGGGCGUCGGGGAGAUCUGUCUGUGGGGCCGCACCAUCUUCAUGGGCUACCUCAACAUGGAGGACAAGACGCGGGAGGCCAUCGACGAUGACGGCUGGCUGCACACGGGUGACAUGGGGCGCCUGGACACAGACGGCUUCCUCUACAUCACCGGGCGACUCAAAGAAUUAAUCAUCACAGCGGGCGGAGAGAACGUGCCUCCUGUGCCCAUCGAGGAGGCCGUGAAGAUGGAGUUGCCCAUCAUCAGCAAUGCCAUGCUGAUCGGGGACCAGAGGAAGUUCCUGUCCAUGCUGCUCACCUUGAAGUGCGUGCUGGACGCAGACACGUCCGAGCCAACGGACAGCCUGACCGAGCCAGCUGUGGCCUUCUGCCAGCGGGUGGGCAGCAAAGCCACCACCGUGUCUGAGAUCGUGGGCACCAAGGACGAGGCCGUGUACCAGGCCAUCGAGCAGGGGAUCCAGAGGGUCAACAGCAAGGCCACCGCCCGACCCUACUGCAUCCAGAAGUGGGCCGUUCUCCAGCGGGACUUCUCCAUUUCGGGUGGAGAGCUGGGUAGGGCUUUGUUUUUCCUGCUUGUCUGUUCUCACUAUCGCAGGGGCCGUGUGGGCAGGCAGGGGCCACGGACGGCCCCUCCUCCUGGCAGGACACAGUUCUGCGGCGCCGGCUUGCGCCCGGGGAGAGUCUGCCACGUGCACUACGUGUGUGCUGGAGCCUAUGAAUUCGAACGUACAACCUUUAACUUUGCUUUGGCUGGGGGGGCCGUUCUCCCCUGAAAUCACAGUGGGAGCAGCAGACAGACCCCAAGGCCCUGGCUCUGGGGGCUCAGCUCAUGUACAGGUAAAGGAAGACUUUCCGGACUGUGGUCCACAAAACCGGGGAAGCUGCGGUACAACCCCAGCCGGACAGAGAAGUCGCUCUUGGCUGUGGCACGUGGUUCGCGGCAGGGGGAGGCGGGAUGGUUUCUAGAACAGCCUCUGGCCCGUGAGGCAGUAGGACACUGAGAGGCCCUCAGAGCUUGGAGCGCAUCUGGCUGGCUGGCAUGAACAGGGGGAAGGCAGGUGUCCUCUCUAACCAGCCUCCGGAAAGGCCUUUCAUUUUGAAGUGUCCGGUGUCACAGCCCAGAGCACGUUCGGCCUCUAAGCUGCCCCCAAGCUACGUCGCAGCCCUUGUGACUGUGCUUUAGCGGAGCACGGACAGGGAUUUGGGAAGGACCGCGGUCGGCGGAGGUGGCGCUCCCAGUCUCCCCUGCCCAUCGGGCAAACAAAGCGCAGCACUCCGUGCCGUCAUGUGCAGGGUCCCCAGCAACUCGUCAGAACGUCAGCCGCUUGCCUGCUCGCCUGCGGCUGUUGGCCGCAGCCUUGUCCCGAGGUUGCCCGUGUGUUCCCGGCAUGGUGGCUCGCCGAGAGCCCCGGACAGAAACCAUAGUUGUGCAGGUCUCUGUCAUCGAUUCACCCGAGAGACAGAAUAGGAAACGAUUAGGGGGGGACCAGAAAUGGGUGCAGGAUAAGGCAGGCGGCACCUCCUGGUCUUUUGUGAUGCCUGGUGGCCCUUAGGCUGCGGGGACGAUGCUGGGGCAGUGGAGGGGGGCGCGGGGGUGUAGUCGCAGGGGCUGGGUCACUGGGCGCCACCCUGCGGGCUGGCCGCACUCAGAUGCUUACACACACCUUCCCAG